AUGAUCCAAACCAAAACUACAACCAUCACCACUCGUACCAUUGAUGCAGGUACUGAUCAUCCCUCCACAACAACCACAGCUACCACUUCGGGAACCACCAAAACCAGUACAACAACCAAAUGUACCUACGGAAAGACAGAUAGCCUUCCCAAAUUCCUCAAACAUGCUGCUAUCGGAACCAUUGCUUUGGCUCUCUCUCGUAUUGCCUUGUAUGCUCCUUUCAGUGUUCAAAAGACUUUGAUUGCGAUCAGUGAUACUCCAGAACGUGAGGAUGAAGAAGCCUCCAAUUCUCCUACUUGCCAAGCUCGUCUCUUGCAAUACUUUGAGAAACCACUCCUGAUUAAGCUUACUUUAUAUCAAUUGGGUCAUAUUGCCGUUACAGCCUUACUCAACAAACAAAAGUGGGUUCCCUUCUCUCAAUACAAACCAUUGGAACAUGCCGUUGUAUCUGCCUCAACAUUCCCUCUGUAUUAUAUAUUGUUGGAUCAGGAGUCAAGAUUGGCCGUUCGUCGUGGUCGUACUCUCAACACCAUUCAACCUGAAAAUAAGGACGCAGAGAAUACCUUGUAUUGGCAAGGAUUUGCAUUGCAUGUUCUACAAUCCUUCUUGGUUCAUGCCAUUGGAGUCAAAGUGACUAGCAUGCUCUCCAAUACGGACACACUCCGUAAUGUGAGUGAUGAAGGAGUGGUGAACACAGAUUGUUCAGAUGCAAGAGCAAGAGGAGUCUUGAUUGAAAGUGUGGGCAUGUUGAUUGGACGUUUGUUGUGUUUACCUGUGGAAAUUUGUGCCAAACAAUUUCUGUUACGAAGUAAGCCAAAGAAAGAUUCGUACGUUUCAGUGUUGGCCAAGUCUGCCUUGUUGACCAUUCCACAAGUGGCAACAACAUUGGUCGAAUAUUGGGUGUAUCGUGCCUUGAAUAGAUUGUCUAACUAA